UGGAAGCUAUAAAUAGCUCAUGUGAAGUGAAAUCUGUAAAUGGCUUUUGGUUAUACCUCCACCUCUAAGAUGCACCACAUCUUCCUGGCUCACCAUAAAAUCCGUUCCAGCUAUAUGCCGGAACUUUCUACUCCACUCACGAGUACAUGCACGGCGACCACACCCCCGGUGCCCUUGGGACCAAUAUAGUUAACCGGGUAUCACUCUAGUCCAUAUACAACCAUUGGAGGAACUGCACAUCUUGAUGAAAGAUAGCCAAAUAUAGGAGGGAAGAUCGUUCUAUAUAAAUGUGUCCCAACGUCCUAGAGUGAACCCUCCAGUUCGUAAAAAGAGGAGAGGUAAAUCACACAGAGAACCAUCAGCAAUGGCGAAGAUUUCUAGUAGCACCGUUGUUCUCCUGGUGUUUCUCGUCUCGUCGUGGGGGGCAUUGCCGGUGCUGUCCCGUGGAGGCCUGGAGGAUGGAGGAGGCGGGCCAAACGGUGGUAUCGGUGCUAAUGUUGGGCUUCAAAAGUCUGUCGGUGCUAAUAUUGGUGUUGGUGCGAAUGGAGGCGCUGGUGCUGGUGCUGGUGCUGGCAUUGGAGCAAAUGUAGGUGUUGGAGCAAAUGUAGGUGCCAAUGCUGGUCUUGGUGCCGGUGCAAAUGGAAAUGGUGGUGCUGGUCUUGGUGUCGGUGCACAUAAAUCUAUUGGUGCUAAUGUUGGUGUUGGUGCGAAUGGAGGCGCUGGUGCUGGUGUUGGUGCUGGCCUUGGAGCAAACGUAGGUAUUGGAGCAAAUGUAGGUGCCAAUGCUGGUCUUGGUGGCGGUGCUGGUGCUGGUGCUGGUGCUGGUGCGAAUGGGGGCGCUAACAUUGGAGCUGGCAUUGGAGCAAAUGUAGGUGCCAAUGCCGGUCUUGGUGUCGGUGCACAUAAAGGUAUUGGUGCUGGUGCUGGUCUUGGAGCAAAUGUAGGUAUUGGAGCAAAUGUAGGUGCCAAUGCUGGUCUUGGUGGCGGUGCAAACGGUGGUGCUGGUGUUGGUGCGAAUGGAGGCGCUAACGUUGGAGUUGGCAUUGGAGCAAAUGUAGGUGCCAAUGCCGGUCUUGGUGUCGGUGCACAUAAAGGUAUUGGUGUUGGUGGUGGUGUUGGCAAAUGAAGGAAGCCGAAAACAAAUAAGUCAACUAAAGGUGGUGUCGAUUCUAGCUACGAAGAGAAGGAAACCGAAGCAAGUCAAUCAACUAAAGAUGAGACGGGUUUUGACUACAUUUCAAAGAACAAGGAACUUUAGAGAGCCAUUACAGGAUUUAGCAUGAUAUGCUUACAAUAUUUACUCAUUAUCAUUUUUUUACUAUGUUAUAUUUUUCCCAAGAUUCUACAUUAUAUAUACUAGCAAAGCGUCAUGCUGAGUCAUGCCUCACAUUGGAGGGUGCAAAUAUCCUACCAAUUAGAAAUAUGUCCUAGAGACGAGAUUAUAUAAUGUUGUAUGCAUGAGUUAUGAAAUGUUCCUUCAAUAAUAUUUUUAUAUUGAC